GUCUGCUCCUACCACCAUCACCAUUCACCAUGAGUACUCAGGACAUCCUCGUCGCCUCUGCGCUGCUAGUCUCUAUCUCUGCGCUCCUUCCGGAAGGCAAACGCUUGGAGAACCCCCAAGAUGCACUCACGGCCCUCGUUCACGCAGCGUUCACCACUCUCUCCUUCCGUCUUAUCGGCGUCGAUGACACCUCCUCGAUCUCUACGUAUGAGGGGAAUGUUCUGCCCAAAGAAUGGAAUCGCAAUGGUCCUGGUCACUACACUCUGCGCUACAAGCAUGCACAGAGCAGCAUGGAGUUUGUCAUCAAGGUCUCGAAGCUGGGAGGGAGGACUGUCAUCAAUGCCAUUGCCGUUGAGACUGACAGGACUGCGACGCUUGAUGUUGCGACAAAGGACUUUACUUCAGAAUCGUUCUACCCUUACACUGUCGAUUCCCCCACUCGUCUGGGCGAUGGCUACAUAUCCUCUUCGCGUAUCCAAGACUUCAUUGGCUCUCUGAAAACAAUGAUCAUUCAGAAACUCGUACCUGGUCUGCAGAAGGAGGGAUACACGGAGUCUGAGCCCUCGUCGUCCUCGACUGCCCCGCAGCCUUCAGCUGGGUCCUCUCAGCCACGACCCCGUGUCCCUGACGCUGGCGGCUCGCGGCCUGAUCCUGACGCGCCUUAUUUGCCGGAGAGGGACCCGCUGCGCGUCCCAACCCGCAAUCCUCUUGAGGUUGGGAGGCACGACCUCGAUCCCAUUCCUCGCAACCCUUGGGAACCUCCUUCGCUGUUCCCGGAUCACGGCGGUGAUGGAAUGCUGGUUGGUCCCAACCACCCCAUGUUCCGCGACAGGCAGACGGGACCGGUACGUGGCAUCGAUCCUCUGGGGCAAGGUCAACCGCGCGGCCCUUGGGGUGGUGACGGCUUCCUACCGCCUAUGGGCGCUCCUCCUGGUGCUCGCUUCGACCCCGUUGGACCGUCAUUUGGCGGCGGUGGAUUCGGAGGCCUCCCACGGAGGGGCCCUCGAGGAGGUGACCCCGACAACGAUGAGUUCAUGCCGCCCGGCAUGGGUGACAUGUUCAUGUAGAUAUGCACAUGGGAUGGUGAAUGUUCAGGAGGUUCAUGUGUCUGCAGUCUUGUUGUAUAGUAGUGGGAAGCCCUGUACAGUUGAGAGCGAAAUUGUAUCGAAGUCGAGCAGAAG